AUGGCGGAUAGUUCAGAGGGGGCGGCUGACGGACGCGCAGAGACGCGGCCCUCGUCUGGGCCAGAGACAGAGGCGCCCGUCGGGCACAGGACGCCUUCUCGAGCUUCUGCGUUUACGGCGUUGGUAGCAACUCUGUCACACACUCGCGACAGUGAAGGAGACGAGCCUGCGUCGGAGGCUUCGUCCUCAGCUACGCCGCCGGAGUCCAUCCUGCUGGGCUCUGUGCAAGCCGACGGGCAGUCAGGCGAGGCGCAGUCCGAUCUGGUGCCUGCCGGGUCGGCAACUUCCCAGGAACUAGCGGUAGACGCAGGCAGUCACGAGGACGGGGCGAGCGAAGCGCGCGGCGCGGUUCUACGGGAAAGAACAGAGAGGGGACCGGUAGAAGGCUGCACGAAUGCGGCAGGUGAAACGGAAGGCCAGGCGAGCAGACGGGGGCGUUCGGCCGCGACAAUCCCUGCGAACGCAGACGGCGAAAGUGGAGACAGCACCUGCAGGCGCAAAUUCCGAGGCGAACGCGCAGGGCCAGAUGCUUACGUCGGGAACGACUGUUUCUUCCUUGAGCUCCCUGAUGGUGCCGUGUCCUGCGUCGCGGGGCUCGAAAACCUGCCUGCAUCGGUUGAGGCGGUCAACGGUCCCAAUCCGGGUGACGCUCAGCAGGGACCGUUUCUUGCGCGGCUCCAGUGCCACAAUUGUCUCCAACUGCUCGAGUUCGACAGCCGGGCGCAGUUCGUGCAGUGCAGCAGCUGCCUAACCCUCAACGCGGUCCAGUCGCAGGCGAGCAACGGCCUUCGAGGCGGCCGGGCGAUGAUUGUGAUAUGUGGGCGAUGCAGUACCCGGAACAUUUCCUGUCUGGGUUCUCUCUACGUCGAGUGCUGGCAGUGCCGCACUGUGUGUCAAGUGGAUUACCCAGCGGCUGGCUCGGGGCUGUUGGGCCCGAGUGGCGCUGAAAGGUCGCGUACCGGAGAGACGGGCGUCUCCUCCGAAGGAAGCAGGCUCCACCGACGUCUCCUUUCGCGGCGCUCGUUUCCGCGCCCUCGCUUCAGGUGGCUGACGUCGAGACGGCAAGGCGACUCUGAAGCGGCCGCGCUGCCAGGCGGCGCUCGUCGACGGAUGCGAGCUCUGGGCGUCCAGGCGCAGUGGCUAUCGACGGGGGACAGCCGGAAGCUGGCCGCCAGGAAAGGCCGAGGAGCGCGCAACAGGGAGAUGUCUCCGCUAGGUCCAGCGACAGCGGAGAGUGUGCAACGGGAGGCAGUGAACGGCAUCCCUCGCGCGUGCGUGCAGCCAGUCCACCGAGGGGGCAAGGAGGACCGGAGGCCGAGCGGCGAUCGGAGCGUUCAUCGACGCUAUCAGGGAACAGCGGCAGAGGCGGAAGUUGCCAUUCGUUGGGCGGCAUACCUCCAGAGAGAGAAGCGGCUGCAGAACGAGGGGGAGCCCAGCGGGCUGCUUCAAGCCGCCGAGGCGCAGUGCGGAGAAGUUUUCUGUCCUCGUGCAGGCCAGGACGACUCCACACGCCACAGGCUCUCGUGGAUCCUGCGAGCUCCUCACCUUCAACGGUCGGCCCCUGCGGCAGACCUGACCCGCCACACGGGAGUCCUAACUUGA